CGGGACUUCCGGUUUAGGGCACCCGGAAGAUUCGGAUGCAAGUUUCGCUGUUCCUUCUGCUUGCAUCCAUAUGCUCGCUACUUUAAACGUGUUCAUGUAAUUUUGGUGUUUUUUAUACACCGUGGUAUUUGCAACAAUGUUAUCUUUAGAUUUUCUGGACGAUGUUCGUCGCAUGAAUAAGCGACAGCUCUAUUACCAGGUGCUGAAUUUUGGUAUGAUUGUUUCCUCAGCACUCAUGAUCUGGAAGGGACUGAUGGUUGUCACUGGCAGUGAAAGUCCCAUAGUUGUUGUUCUCAGUGGAAGUAUGGAGCCAGCAUUCCAUAGAGGAGACCUUUUGUUUCUGACCAACCGAGUAGAGGAUCCCAUCAGAGUCGGGGAGAUUGUUGUCUUCAGGAUAGAAGGCAGAGAGAUACCAAUAGUACACAGAGUUCUGAAGAUCCACGAAAAGGAGAAUGGAGACAUUAAGUUCUUGACCAAAGGUGACAACAAUGCGGUGGAUGACAGAGGACUGUACAAGCAGGGGCAACAUUGGCUGGAGAAAAAAGAUGUGGUCGGACGAGCAAGGGGUUUUGUGCCAUAUAUUGGAAUUGUUACCAUUCUUAUGAAUGACUACCCCAAGUUCAAAUAUGCCGUGCUCUUCAUGCUGGGGCUCUUUGUGUUGGUCCAUCGGGAGUGAGGUGUCAACACUUGAGCGCUCAAGAAGAAUGAACUACGUCCAGGAAACCUCAGUCAUGCCUUUCGAAACUAGACUUUAUCAAACACAACUGGCUUUUUUGUACCAUUUCUUUGGACAUUUUGUAGGAAUGUGGAUAGGGUUCCUUAUGUUUAAGCAAAUUCAAGCUUUGAAAGUAUUUUUGUGAGGGAACUAGGUUUAAUUUGAAGUCCACUUUUAUUUGUAAUCUCCAGAAUGUGAAGCUGCAUUCUUAGGGAUAAAACUAAGUCUUGUUCAUUUUGUGUUGAUUCAUUGUCUUUGAUAAAGAUGUGAAGUAUUUUAUGCAAACUGAAUAUGAAUAUUAGAUAUGAAAUCUGGUUACCAUCCACCAUAUAUUUUUAAACUUUUUGCCUUGUAUUGUUUUGGCCUCCAUUCAACUAUAUUGUUUUUACUUCAUGUAAAUGAUUCAAACUGAAUCUCAACAAGAAAACUUUCUCUUUACUGUUCAUAUAAGUUAUGGAAACAUUUUUUUUCUUUUCUUUUUUUUAGGAGUCCAAGCCUUUCUAUUUGUUGCUUCUAGGGAGACCCUUACAUUACCAAUAUUUCAAAACCGUUUUGGCAAUUUGAUACAUGUACUGUUCUCACACAGUGAAAAAAAAUAUUAAAAAAAGAAUAUAUGUGGUGUCCGUGCUUAACUGUUAUUUUUAUUCGUUAUUCCAAAAUACUGCAGCACCAUUAACCGCUUCUGUUUAAUCUCG